AUGUCUUUCGACGACAUUACCGACCAAUUCAUUACAUACGAGAGCCGAUUGGCUUCUUUCCAGAAAAACUCCAAAAAGCGAGGAUCUGCAGCGAGUGGACGGGGCACCAAAGCUCUCAACUGGCCUCACAAGUCUAUCACACCCGACAGCCUUGCUCGCGCUGGACUCUUCUUCAACCCAACACUGGAAAAUCCCGACAAUGCGCAAUGUUUCUUGUGCCACAAGGGCCUUGACGGCUGGGAAGCCAACGACGACCCCCUUGUCGAACAUCUGACGCAUGCUCCCGAAUGCGGCUGGGCAGUUGUCGCUGCGAUCGAAUCUAACGUUGGAGAUUAUGCGCAACAAGCCCCAGACCAACCAUACAUGAAGGAGGCUCGAAAGGCAACAUUUGCUGGCAGAUGGCCCCACGAUACUAAAAAGGGAUGGAAAUGUAAGACCAAGCAGCUGGUCGACGCUGGUUGGAAGUACACGCCGACUGAAGAGUCGGAUGAUAUGGCUACCUGCACAUACUGUCAACUCGCUCUUGACGGUUGGGAGCCCACUGACAAGCCACUCGACGAGCACUACAACCGAUCCCCUAACUGCCCGUUCUUCAUUCUACUAGAAGCCAAGAAAUCGAGCAAAACCAAAACUGCACGCGCAUCCAAAGCGUCGCGUUUAUCUGUGCAGUCCGUCGCAACCAUUGCUUCAGAAGCGCCUUCAAUGAACGAUUCAACAGCUGCUAUAGACGACAGUGUUAUGACAACAGCCUCGACUGCAACGGGUGGAAAGAAAACAAAAGCACGCAAAGCGACCACCAAGGGACGAAAAACAAAGGCAAAGAAAGAAACAUCCAUUGUCGAGGAUACUGAGGCCUCACUACAAUAUGAAGAGCCAUCUAAGCUUUCACGAGGGAGGAAGCGUGACAGUUCAGCGGUAGAAGACGUGAGCAUGGCUAUAUCUGAUGUCCCCCCAGGCAAGAAGCGCGCGAUGCGUGCUGUCAACGAAUCUACAGUGGUGCAAGAUGAAGACUCAGAUAUGGCUGAAGCUUCUGUUUCCAAGAAGGGCAGUAAAAAGAAGACGACCCGAAAGCCCGUAGCUAAAUCGUCACAUGAUGUCUCCAUAGUCUCUGUCACAGAGGAGGUGGCGCCAGCAGGCUACGAAGCAACUCCCGGAACGUUCCCAGACGAUGAUGAGAUCGAGCGACAGCUGGAAGCGGACCUGGAGAACCAACUUACCGAAGACGAAGAGUUAAGUUUUGAUUCAGAUUCUGAGAGACGUCAGAAGAAAGAGAAGGGGUCAAGGACGUCGCAGGCCAAGGCCGAGCAACAUGAGUACUCACGCGAUUUUGCCAUGCUGAAUCCCGAGCCCAUUGAGCCAGAUGAGGACGAAAUUGAUGACGAUCUCAAGGCUUUACAAGCUGAGAUGGAGGUCAACAAUACUGAACCAGAGCAAGAACACGAACUACAACAAGAGUCAGACGCAGAACCUGAAGCUGAGCCCCAACAGCUACAAAUUCCAAAGAAAGGGCGAAAAGCCGAUACUAAAAAGGCAACCAAACAGACAAAGUCGAAGAAAACAAAAGCCGCACCAGAAGUUGAUGAGGAACAUGAUGCUGAACCAGAAGAGCAAACCCAUGUCGAUGAGACAGGCCACGACGACAGUCUUGCCAGCACUGAUACUGUUGUCAAGAAGUCAGCAGCAGCUCGUCUGAGCACAGGCAAGCGAGGUCGAGGACGUCCUUCUAAAGCAUCUCUUGCCUCUCGUGCUUCCGCCAACGAGAUCGAGCUGGUAGAAGCCCCCGAAGAACCACCCGUUAAGCGAGGCCGUGGCCGACCUUCCAAGGCGUCAUUGGCAUCCCGACCUUCUGUCGGCGCUAACGAGAGUCAAUUGAGUGACGCGCCCCCUAAGCGUGGUCGUGGUCGUCCGUCGAAAAAGUCGCUGGAGGCUAGAAAGUCAAUGGAAGCCGCCGCUAGUCAAGAGUCAACGCAACCAUUCAGUCAGCCUGUGGAAGAUCGCAUGCAAGAGGAUGUCGAGAUCUAUGCGUCCGAAGGGCCUGUUCCCCGUGCCGCGUCUGUGGAGUCAGCACAACAAUCGCCUGUGCCAUCAUCCCCGCCGCCCAGCGCAGCUCAUCUGGCCAAUCCGCCUUCUACCCCUGGAAGAGUCAUCUCCCCUGCCCCUUCAGCUCGACAAGCAGCUAUUUCACCUUCUCAAUCACCUCAGGCCUCUGAUGCCGAGAACGAACCACCAUCAUCAAGACCCACGUCCGGUGCCAACCCCAAGCGAGUGGCAUUGGCACCUGUUAUCACUACACCUACCCGCACAUCACCUUCCAAGCUGUCACCAUCCAAACGCAACGUAAUUGCAGGACUUCGCAGCACUGCUCCAUGGACUGAGUUGGAUCUGGAUACCGUCUUUGGAACACCAGUCAAGGACUCAGAUAAGGAGAAUGACACGGAGAGAUAUCUCAAGCAGGGCCAGGCUUUGACAUCACCAGAGAAGCAGAUGACAGUGCAGGAGUGGAUCUACCACAACGCUUCGGAGGCUGAGAAGCAACUGAAGUACGAGUGCGAGGCCAUAGUCAGCCGGUUCGAAAGCGAAGGCACAAGGGCCAUGCACGUACUGGAAGGACUGGUUGUGGAAUGA